AUGUCACAAGGAAGCCUUCUCCUUCAAAAACAACUCAAAGAUCUUUGUAAAGCUCCUUUAGAUGGCUUCUCAGCAGGUUUGGUUGAUGAAAACAAUGUGUUUGAAUGGAAUGUCACCAUCAUUGGUCCACCUGAUUCUCUCUAUGAUGGAGGUUUUUUCAAUGCAAUCAUGAGUUUUCCUCCUGAUUAUCCUCAGAAUCCACCAAGAAUGAAGUUUACUUCAGAGAUUUGGCAUCCUAAUGUUUAUUCUGAUGGAACUGUCUGCAUUUCAAUUCUUCACCCUCCUGGUGAUGAUCCAGCUGGUUAUGAAGAUUCGGGCGAGCGCUGGUUGCCUGUUCAUACGGUUGAAAGCAUAGUUCUGAGCAUUAUAUCAAUGCUUUCAAGCCCUAAUAUCGAGUCUCCUGCAAACAUAGACGCUGCGAUAGAUUGGAGAGAUAAUAGAAGUGAAUUCAAAAAGAAAGUGGCUCGCUGUGUAAGGAAGUCUCAAGAAAUGUAA